GAGGACAGAACAACCUGGACUUUGAAUUGGAAUGUACCUAUGCUGUCUUUUAAAACUACAGAUAAAGUUGCUUGUGCCUCUGUGAGAGGAUCCAAAAUGGUGUCAAAGGAGGUUCAGAAGACCUUGCUUUUUUGGUUGAUAACCUGUAUUUUAGUGAGAAAUUCAGAUGGUCAACUAAUACAAACUGUCUGUGGAGACAUCCCUGUUGUGGUAAGGGUAGUUGAAAACACUGCCCCAGGCACUGUUGUUAUGACUUUAACCAACGUCUCCAUCCCUGGUGUCACUGAUGUGGUAUGGGAGAGACUGGAGCUGGCUAAUGGGUAUGUCAAGUUAGACACCAAGAAUCAGACUAUCAUACUUGUAAAACACUUGGAUGCUGAGUCCAUGGAGAGGUUACAGGCAUAUAGCAUGGUUUGUAGAUAUAAAAUGGCUGGCAGUGUAAGACAAGGGUCAGUAGAUAUUAGGCUGAUGGUAGAAGAUGUGAAUGACAAUACACCUGUGUUUACAGCUCCAGUCUACUAUGUGAAUGUUUCUGAGUCUCUGUUCCUUCAUACCCUAAUCUUCAGCUUUAAAGACAAAGUAUAUGAUUCUGACGCCACAGGCUCCAUUGGCAAGUACAAUAUAGUGGGUGGAGGAGUUGGUUAUUUUAGAAUAGGUGGGGCUGCUGCUGAUGGAAACUUGGUUCUCUCUAGACAACUGGAUUAUGACAAUGGACCAAGGGUUUUCACCCUCCAAGUUGAGGCUUAUGAUAAUGGUAUACCACCACUAACAGCAAGGGCCCAAGUCAUUAUCCAAGUUGUUGAUGAAGAUGACUUAUCCCCAGCCUUUGAGGCAGAUCUCUAUAAGGUGACAGUGUUAGAAAAUGAGAGUAAGUGUGCAGCCACUGAGUCCCGUAUUCAACCAGGUCCAAUAAAAGCCUAUGACCAAGAUUUGGGGAUCAAUGCCACAGUACUAUACAGACUGGGAUCUUCUCAACCAGCCUCUGCAGCAGACCACUUCACUAUCAAUGGAAAAACUGGACAGCUGCAGGUCAUCAAAUCUCUGGAUAGAGAGCUGCAAGCUACAGUGGUCCUCACAGUCAAGGCAUAUCAAGCAGAUGCCCCCAGAACAAGAACAGCUCUUGCUACUGUUGUUGUUACUGUCGUGGAUACCAAUGACAACAAACCAGCAAUGACCCAGGCUGUAUACAAUGUUGCAGUCCCUAGGAAUGUUGCCAUGGGAACAUAUCUGACCACUGUCCGAGCAGUGGACCCUGAUGCUGGUGUAAAUGCAGUGCUAGAGUAUGUAUUGGAUGACCCUAAAGGCAGGUUUACUAUAGAUGCCUCAUCUGGGGUCAUCAGAGUCAGCAGUGACCUCAGCAACUUGGAUGGCAACAUCUCCUUCUAUGUGUAUGCAAGAGAGACAAUGUCUGCAGAGCUUCUGACAUCAAACAAGUCAAUGGUGAAUGUUACUAUUGUUGAUAAAGGCAGGAAUAUAUUUGUUGGAUAGACUCUUGACUGCUUGAAAGCUGCUUCUCUUACAUAUAUAAAAUACAGGCUUUUCAAAGGAAAAAUAUAAUCAUUUAGAUUAAAAUAUCUGAUUAUCCUCUACAAAUUUUAAAUAAUUUUAAGAAGUGCAAAUUUCCAUUAGUGAUCAAAUCAGCACAUUAAACUUAAAAUCCCUGAAGGAAAUGUCGUCUGCAAACUGAUAAUUGCCAAAUGAAUCUGACCUUUACCAUAAAUAACUGCACAGCCCAUGUAUAUAAGGCAAGGAGGGGUUUAAUUAAUGGAGCACUGUUGGGAAGAUUAUUUCAUUGUUCAAAUUUUAAUCAGAGGAAUAGUAACUUUACUAUGACACAAGUUUUUUCAAAAAAUCUAAAUCAUUUUUGCAUGGCAUAUUGGUGAAACUUAGCAUUGAAUAAAAACAAUGAAGUCAAAGAUUAAUUACUAUAGGUGGUUUAUUUAUUUUUUUACCCGAGGUAUAGAGUAUCUCUGGUCCACUAAAAACAGGUCUAUAAUGUUAUUUAUUUGACAUAUAUACGAGAUAAACAUUCUCUACUGUACAAGAUCAGGUGCAGCAGCUGGUGGGAUGUUACAGUACAAACUCUCCCUGACAUAUUGUGAUCCA